AGAUCGUUCGCAGUUACGGGAGCGGAAGGACGUGUGAUCGGAAAGCUCUUGAUUGUGAUCGGCGAGGCCGGGAAGAAGGAAGAGGACUUUUUAAGUCCAAUUUGUUUUUGUUUAUUCAAUUCUUUUGGAGAAGCAUCCAUUUUUCUUUUUCUUCCAUUUCGUUUUGAUUAAUUGUCGGGUGGAAGCUCGGCCACGUGAGACCUUCAUGUCUACAUCCUCCCAAAGCAAGUCCACACCACGGCUAUACCUAUCCUAAAUCCGUAACCCUGCUUAGUCACCCUGCUUAGUUCCCUUUACUCAUUAAGAAGAAAAGAAGAAGAAAGACUGCCAUCAAAAGAAGUUGGACGCAAGAGCCAAGCUGCUACGCGCCCUAACCCAGAACAACAACAACGUGCAAUUUUACGCGCACAACAAAAAGGAUACUAUUACUGAUACACUGUGCUAAAAGUCUGCUAGGCCCGGACAUGUGUCCUGGCCGGCUCAUUUCGCGCAGGCGGCUGCUGGCGGCUGGCCUCCUGCUCGCUGCCCUGGUGUGGAUGGUGCUGAGGCUCACCGCACUCGGCCAACCGACUGCAGGGCCAGCCUCUGUCCCAGCAGCCCAGCCUGUCGGUCACAGCGGGUCAGUCCUGCUGGCCGUCAGGACCAGUGGCCAGCUGCACUCGCUGCGCCUGCCAGUGCUGGCCAGGACUUGGCUCAGGGACAGCAGGCCAGACAUUCAGAUUCGUCUGUUUUCUGACAUGCCUUCUGUAAAGGAGUUUGUGAAGUUACUAGCCGGUGUUGGUGUGGAGGUGAGCAGCCGCUGCGGUCAGGGACACACCGCCUCCGUACUCUGCUGCCGGCUGGCCCACGAGAUCGCCGUCUUCCUCGACACGCGCCACGGGUGGUGGUGUCAUUUCGACGACGAUAAUUACGUGAACACGGUGGCGGUGGAGGCCAUGCUGGCCUCUUACGACUCUCGGCGGCCCUGGUAUAUCGGUCGGGCGAGCAGCGACGCCACCUAUGGACGAGGAUCGCACACUCAGCUUGUGAGAUUCGCCACGGGCGGCGCUGGAUUCUGCGUCAGCAGGGCUGCUCUCAUGCAGGCGACCAAGGGAAUUCUACACGGCCAGUUUGAGAGCGCGUGCGCGAGACUCCGACUGCCCGAUGACGUCACACUGGGCCACAUCCUCUGGAACUCGAGCCGGGUGCGGCUGACCCACGUGGACGAGUUCCACUCGCACCUGGAGCCGCUGGCCGCCCUCCCGCGCGACUCUCUCGCCUACCAGGUCAGUCUGAGCUACUUCCUGCAGCGUCAUCCACCCAACACGGUGGAUGUGGAGGGACUGGACAGGGAGCAGGAUCCCACCCGGUUCAUCUCGCUGCAUUGUCUGCUGCACGGGCUCAGGAAGUGCUCGUGACCGGCAUGAAUGGGGCUAGGGGCCGACUGGUGUGAGCCUCGUGACGUGAUGUCCUGAAACGUGAUUCGGGACAGGCUGUGGCGCCACCCGUGACUGACUCCAGAUGAAUUCCGGUCAGUGAUGGCAGUCGGAGCAGUGAAUGUCGGCGAUCGGUUCAGGGGAGAGAGGAACGUCUGGGAUCCGCACGGGCGGACCGUCUGAACUCUUAGGCCGGCACGAGAGGGCCGUCUGAGGCCGGCACAGGAAGGCCAACCGUCAUCUGAGUGGAUGCUCGAGUUGGCAGAUGACUAAAGGUAUGGUGUGGUUGGAGAAGCAAAUGAACACCGGCUGUGAUUGUGUUAUGCAUAGGACGUUUCCGAAAUAAUGCUGUUUUGAGUUUUAUAUGUCGUCAGUUGCCGUCGUCUGUGUAGUGUGAGUGUUCAUCGUUUUGACAUCUAUCGCUGUUAUUGUGUAGAAAUGGCAUCGGCUAGGACCGACUGCAGCUAAUCGUGAUUCCGCUGGAAGUCGAACUCCGCGAAUGAAGUGUUGUUUGUCGCGGAUUAUUGUUUUACCGUAAUAUCGGGACGUCAGUGCAGACGUGCAGGCUGUGAGCAUUGUACUUACCCAAUGCAUGCUAUGAACAUUCUA